AUGCACUAUGGCAUUGGAUUCAGAAAAAUAUGGGUCUUCAAUGAACCCAUCAACAGGGUCACACCAUUGAGACCAUUCAUGAUGCAGUGUCCGACCUACGUAUUACUUAUCCAAGUGCUGGGGCACGUGAAAUGGAGGGUUGUAACGGAAUACUUUGCUCUGUAUGAGCCAGAACUCAUCCACCAGCGUAAGGCCUGUCGCCUUAGAAGGAGACGCUUCUGGGCUGCAGGGGUGAAUGACCUUUUCACAGUGGAUCAGCAUGAUAAGUGGCUCAAGUUCGGUCUUGGGUUGCACACUGGCAUCGAGCCUUUCUCUGGUCGGAUCAUGUGGAUCUGGGUCUGGCACUCUAACCAAAAUCCCCAGCUUAUCCUGAGUUACUAUCUUAACAUGCUUGAGGCACUUGGCCAUAUGCCAAUGGUGACUCAAAGCAAUCCAGGAUCAGAAAAUUACGGGAUCGCAAAUGCUCAUACAAUGCUGCGACAGUGGCACAAUCCAUCUUUGCAUGGCACCCUCCAGCAUCGCUGGAUGCAAAGCAAAAAGAAUGUCAUGCCAGAAAUUGCAUGGAUGGUCUUCCAUUGGAUUUUUAUACCAUGGCUUCAGCAGGAGCUGGAUGCAUAUCAGGAUUGUGUUCACAACACUGCAAAACAACAUGACUGCAACAAAAUUCUUCCUCAUGGAGUACCUAAUCUCAUCUAUGAUUCAUCUGAGGACUUCGGGGCCUUAGAUUUCAAGAUCAAAAUUGAAUGUGAGGCCCUAGAUCAUGUCCAAAAUAUUUACAUCAAGCCCUCUCAUUGCAUGUUUGAUCUAGUUCCAGAGGCUUUUGGCAGGUGCAUCCAAUGCUGCUAUGAUGAGCUUGGUCACCCAGUGGUCACAUGGCAAUCAGCUUGGAACAUCUAUCUACUUCUACUAUGCACAUUGCAGAUGGCUGAUGAACUACUGCACCAGAUUCAGCUGCUGGAUGAUGAUGAAGAUGAUGAAGAUUUUGUACCACUUUUAGAUGACUAUCAAGAUUUACCUUCUCACAAGGAGCCCAAUGGCACCUAUUACAUGGGUGGUGUGGGUGGAGGAUUAGGCCUUGAUACUGAACACCUUCAUCAGCUAGACAGUCUGACAGACAAUGACGAGCCCAACAUCACACUGGGAAUUGACGAAGACUUAGUGGGUCUUGAUCAUGCUGGUUUGGUGGUUUGGGAGUUCUCGGACUGUGAAAGUGAGGACGAAAUGGUGAAUGAGUGGUGA